UUCAUGGCUUGAUAGUACCAGAAAUGUUCUACAAUGUUUAAUGUAGUUCACAAAGCAAUAUUGUUGUGUAGUGUCUAUGUUUUUACCAAUUCUUUUCGUUACAGUAUCAUUUAGUUUGUUCAAUGAAAGAUGCUUUUUUAUUGAAUUUUCGGGGUGUAGGCUUGUGUGAUAGUGACCAAUUACCUAGAGAACGACCGCUUUUCAAUUUCAGAAUACAAAAUAUGACCAUGACCUGAAAAUGAUGCGUUAUUCGGAAAUACCAAGAGAUAUUUCUGGAGACAGUCUUUCUAUGCUUAAAAUCUCAGAGGGUCGAGAUGACAAAAGCUAUACAUCACAAAAAGAUAGUGAACUAGCAAUAGUACCUCAAAAUGACAGAAUUUCUGGUAUUAAAACUAGAAAACACUCAUCACCUAGCAUAUCAGGUGGGCCCGGACCACCAUAUUAUCAUAGUUAUGGGAAUUCCCUCACUCCAGUACCUGUUCAUGUGAAAUCUCAGAGCUUGCCCAAUCACGCCUCACACUGCAAGAAAGAUUAUAGUUGUGCUAUUUUUGACAUACUCAAAAUAUCGCCGGAGGACUUUGCCAGUCAGCUAACCCUCUUAGAUCUACCUGUUUUCCUGGGUAUCCAGCCCGACGAACUCACGAGCUGCGCCUGGAACAAGAAAAACAAAUUGACCGUAGCCCCUAACGUCGUGGCCUUCAGUAGGAGGUUUAACCACGUGAGUUUUUGGGCGGUGCAGGAAAUUUUGUCGGGAUCGACCCCGAAACAGAGAUCCGAGACGCUUACUCACUUUAUUAAGAUUGCGAAGAAGCUGUACGAUUUGAACAAUCUCCACUCGUUGUUUGCAAUAAUCUCUGCCUUACAAAGUGCCUCCGUGUAUAGGUUAUCGAAAACUUGGUAUUGUUUGUCUAAGAAAGAGAAGCAAAUGUUCGACAAGCUCGCAGAAGUCUUUUCCGACGACAACAACUGGGAGAAUCUCAGGAAACACAUUGAAAGCUUGAAGUUACCGUGUAUACCUUAUCUUGGGUUAUAUUUAACUGAUUUAGUGUAUAUCGAUAUGGCCCAUCCUCAUUCGGGUGGGUUGGAAUCUCACCAGAGACAGUUAAAAAUGAACAACAUACUCAGAAUAAUCUCAAAUUACCAACAUUCGGAUUACUCCCAUCUGCCCGUAAUCCGCCACGUGCAGGAUUAUUUGAACUCGAUCAGAUAUAUCGAAGAAUUGCAGAAAUUCGUCGAAGACGACCAAUACAAGUUGUCUCUUAGACUGGAACCCGUCUCGCCUCCACCCAGUUCCUCCAGUUGUAGUUCUAAGGAGUCCAUUGUCGCCGACGCUGUCGCUAUAGCUUCGCUUAACUUGUCCCCCGCUAAAGCUUCGUCCGGUUCAUUGAGAUUGCACGCCGUCACCGCAGGCAGCAAGUUCAUGCCUGGGCACAACAGGUCUCGAAGUCUAGGAACAAAUAUUUUUAGCAAAUCUCAUCAAGUCGGUAGCUUCGAUCUACCGAAUCUACCGAAGACGCUCCACCUUUUAGACGACUCGGAGUUAGAGGACACCACGAGGGUCCUGCCCAUGAUCCACAGUAACUUGCCAUCGCCCACGUCGGAGCUGCCGCUCCAGGCAUCACAAAGUAGCGCGGAUAAUUGUACGUUGCUCACACGGUUGUCCGAGGACUCGAUAAGUUCGGAAGAGAACGUUUGUGCCAUGCAGGGUUCCAUCCGGAGGAAAACGAUGUUGAAGGAAGGCAAGAGGCCAACCGUCUCGUCUUGGCAGCGGUACUGGUUGCAGAUCUGGUCGUCGUCGCUGGUUUAUUUCGCCCCCAAAGGAUUUAAAGGGCAUCACCGGAGCGAUUUCAAGCGAGAACCGUGCAAGUUGGUGUCGCUCGCUAGCUGUCAAGUGGUGAGGGAGGAGAAUACGCUGCAGCAGGACACGUUUCAAAUUAUCGACCAUCAGAGAGGAAACAUUUACAAAUUUCGAACGGGCAGCAGGAGUAUGGCGGAACGGUGGUGCUGCUGCAUAAGGCAAGCUACUAACGGCGAGCAGAUGCCCCUGCCGAGUAAUCUUAUGUCUUUUGAAUGACUGAAACUGUUGAUAUUUAGUUUCUAUUUAUUAAGUUAUUUUUUAUAUUUGCAUUUAUUGUAAUACAAGCCUUUUUUAUUGUUUAA